AGGGUUGCGCAACAGCGGAAGUUCUGGGAACCAGGAACUGCAGGAAAAACACACGAAAACACGGCACUUAUGGUGAUGUUCUGGCGAAGUGCCGCCUGCUAACCAGACUGUACAGCUAUCCCACCCUGAUAAACACAUUCAGGGAAACAUGGGAGGCUCUCAAAGCGUCGACAUACCGGGUGGAGGAACUGAAGGCUACCACGUCCUCAGAGUGCAAGAGAAUUCCCCCGGUCACCGUGCAGGACUGGAGCCAUUCUUUGAUUUCCUCAUUUCCAUUUGUGACACUAGACUGAACAAGGACAAUGACACCCUAAAAGAGUUGCUGAAGAUGAACGUGGAGAAGCCCAUCAAGAUACUGUUAUACAGUAGCAAGACACUAGCAGUGAGGGAGACAACAGUCACACCCAGCACCAUGUGGGGUGGCCAGGGGCUUCUGGGAGUCAGCAUUCGCUUCUGCAGCUUUGAAGGAGCCAAUGAAAAUGUUUGGCAUGUCUUGGAAGUGGAACCAAACUCUCCUGCAGCCCUGGCUGGUUUGAGGUCCCACACUGACUACAUUAUAGGAGCGGACACCGUCAUGAAUGAGACUGAAGAUCUGUUCUCCGUGGUUGAAGCCCAUGAAGGGAAGGAGUUGAAGCUGUAUGUUUACAACACAGAUACAGACAACUGCCGGGAGGUGGUCAUCACUCCAAACUGUGACUGGGGUGGAGAGGGCAGUCUAGGAUGUGGGAUUGGCUAUGGCUACCUGCACAGGAUACCUAUACUGCCAUUUGGAGAGGGCAAGAAUAUCAGUUUCCCUGCACAGACUCCCAGUGAACCAACUAAAGAUGGCUUCACAGAGGUCCAUCUCUCUGCUGUCAUUCCAACGGUGCCAGUUGCUGUGUCUUCUUCUGCUUCGACCGGAUUAGAGCAGUCUCUCGCCGGCUUGUCAGUCAGCUCUAACCUGACCGCUGUCGUUAGCAAUCUACAGACAGGAGCUCCUACCGUCCCACUGUCCAGUCACAGCCCCUCCUCACAAAGCGCUCCCUUGUCUGUCGAUCCUGCUGCCACACUACCAGGUUUAAUGCCCUUCCCUGGAGGUCUUCCCCCCUUUCCUCAUUUACCAAAUCUAAAUAUCACCUUGCCAGACAUGGGCCACGCGUUGCCACCUGGAGUUGGUGGAUUACAACAUGCAGGUCUUCCACCGCUCACCCAGCCAGGUGUGGUCCCUGGUCUAACUCUGCCUCCGUCUGACUUUGUUCUUCCCCCAGUCACUACUUAUGCAGCUCCUGUUGUUACACUGGAUACAACAUAUCCCUUCUCCACUAUCCAAAUGAACAGUUUACUGACGAGAACCCCUAUCCCAUCAUCAGUGGCCUCUGAAUCAAUAAAUAUCACAAUGACUGCAGACUCGUCUUAGCAGAGAGCACUGUUUAAGGUGGUCAGUAUACUCUCAAGUCUCAACAAAAUAUAGAUGGUCUAUUAGCUGCACCACUCAGUUGACAAAUUGCUCCUACACACGAUUACGAUUGUUGUACAAGCUUCAGUAUUUCGAGGAUACUGAAACCUUGUGCUGGCCUUCUCACACGAAGCGUGAAUGUGUGUCCAGCAGCAGCAGUACUGCAUCUUAAAGUGCUCAUUAUGCUAAUUUUCAGGUUCAUAAUUGUAUUUAGAUGUUAUAUCAGAAUAGGUUUACAUGGUUUAAUUUUCAAAAAACACCAUAUUUUUGUUGUACUACACAUUGCUACAGCUCCUCUUUUCACCCUGUGUGUUGAGCUCUCUGUUUUAGCUACAGAAUGAGGCAUCUCACUUCUAACAGAAGUAAAGGCUGGACCACAAUAGAGCUGUUAGGAGUAGUUUGUGAACAGUGUUUUCUGUUGGAGAUGCUAAGUCCCUUUGGGGUGGACUUUGGACUUUUUCACUUUGUACACCUAUAACGUGCACAAAAAAAAAGAUAUAUAACACAAUAAAGAAAAGGGAAAAAUCCAAAAAGCAUAAUAUGAGCACUUUAAAGCAGCUCGUUGAUAGCAGUAGAAGGAAAAUUACAAGAAACAUUAAAACCUCUCAGCAGAGUUCAAAUAUUCUGAACAAUUUAAAAAAGAAAAUAGUUCAUAACUCAAAAAUAAUGCCUUUUUUUUUUAGCUUGGCUCAAAAACUAAAAAUAUAAAAAUGUGUGGAAAACCAGUUACUUAUACUGUAAGUGUGCACGUCAGUAUCUUUGCAUUAUUUUCAGUGACUAAACUACCACAGAGCCCUUGAAGGGUCACAAUGGGAAUUAUAUUUCCUGAACUACUUUUGCAGCCCCUUUCAAUAUUUUCUGCAGCCCUUCUGAUUUACAGGAACUGUUGUGUGUUGGUCUUGUCCAGUUCUAACACAGGGAAAUAUGCAGAUUCUACAAAUAGGAGAUAUAAUUGCUAAUUUCUACUUUCAAUAAGGUCGAGCUCCAACAGUAUACUGCCUGGCUGUGGUGGUAACGGCCCAGGUUACGUCAUCCUACAGCUACAGUCAAAAUCAGUCUCUCUCAAUCAGCUUUGGCAGCAAGCGUUGGGAGCUAGGUCAACUAGCUCUACUAGAUAUAUAUCCAGCUGCAAUGAUACCGACCUGUACCUGAGCUACACACAGCUGAGGGUGCACACACAGAACCAGCGUGGUCUACUACAGAAUACUAUAUUCACAAUACAGCUCAGCCUCUCAACAAAAAAAAUAAUCCCACAGUGACCUUUCAGUGGCUCUGUAAACUACUGAAGGUCUUCAGGGGAACGAGAGGUAGUUCUACUAUUGGGGAUUUUCCUUUAGAAAAGCAGUUUGUGCAGUUUGCUUGCUGCAGCCAUUAAAAAUAUAAAACUUCUGAUUUUGUGAAAAACAAAAAUUUGUAAAGUGAUCGUUACCUUGAUUAAACUGAUUUUCUAUCUCAG